GGGCACGCAUGCGCAGAGGGAGGAGCCCGCUGACAGAUUCUCGGUGGCGGCGGCGGCGGCGGCGGCCCUGGACUGCGGGGAAUGGGAGCCCUAGGUCUCUGACUGAGCACCGCCCCCGCCUCCCUGCCCCCCGACAUGGCUCAGGAGAAGAUGGAACUAGACCUGGAGCUGCCUUCGGGUACGGGCGGGAGCCCAGCGGAGGGCGGCGGCAGUGGCGGCGGCGGGGGCCUCAGGAGGUCUAAUAGCGCCCCCCUGAUCCACGGCCUCAGUGACACUUCCCCGGUGUUCCAGGCCGAGGCGCCGAGCGCCAGGCGGAACAGCACAACGUUCCCGAACCGCCAUGGCCUGCUGCUACCGGCCUCCCCGGUCCGCAUGCACAGCAGCCGCUUGCACCAGAUCAAACAGGAGGAGGGCAUGGACUUGAUCAACCGAGAGACGGUCCACGAGCGCGAGGUGCAGAACGCAAUGCAGAUAAGCCACUCCUGGGAGGAAAGUUUCAGUCUGAGUGACAACGAUGUGGAGAAAUCUGCCUCUCCGAAGCGCAUCGAUUUCAUUCCGGUGUCACCAGCACCGUCACCCACCCGGGGAAUUGGGAAGCAGUGUUUUUCACCAUCCUUGCAAAGUUUUGUGAGUAGCAAUGGAUUGCCCCCAAGUCCUAUUCCCAGCCCAACGACCCGGUUUACUACUCGGAGAAGCCAGAGUCCCAUUAAUUGCAUCAGACCAAGUGUUCUUGGACCAUUGAAAAGAAAAUGUGAAAUGGAAACUGAAUAUCAGCCAAAGAGAUUUUUCCAGGGCAUCACCAACAUGCUUUCUUCUGACGUUGCACAGCUGUCAGAUCCUGGUGUGUGUGUAUCCUCUGAUACCCUUGAUGGAAACAGCAGCAGUGCCGGAUCUUCUUGUAACUCACCAGCGAAAGUCAGCACUACCACCGACUCUCCGGUGUCACCUGCCCAGGCGGCCUCUCCAUUUAUUCCAGUAGAUGAACUUUCAUCUAAAUGAUUCGCCGACCCAUCCCGAGACUGUUUUAUUUUUGCAAUGGAGAGAAAAAUCGGUUGGAGCAAGCACUGAACUCUGUCAAUUAAUUUGAGGCUCUUUCCUAUUUGAUCCUUUUCCUUUUUUGGAAUUUCCUGAAAUGUUGUUAUUCUAGAGAACUUUUAUGUCAGGUUCCUGCGGAUGCCCUUGAAUUCAGUGUAGUAAUAUUUUCAGACGUUUUCCCAAUAAGUGUGUUGAAGCAUACAUCUUUACGCUGCUAAUAUGUCUAAAUACAUAUGUUAUCCCUUGAUUUUUUAAAA